UCCCCGCCCCGCUCCGCUCCGCUCCGCCCGCCCGCCCGCCGCCGGGACUCCGCCGCUGCCGGGCUACCGCGGCUUCGCGCCGCUCGCCUGCCCCCCCGCUCGCCCGCCUGCCGGCUCGCCGGGCCCAUGGCGAGCACCUCGGCGGAGAUCAUCGCCUUCCUGCUGACCAUCUCCGGCUGGGUGCUGGUCUCCUCCACGCUGCCCACCGACUACUGGAAGGUGUCCACCAUCGACGGCACGGUCAUCACCACCGCCACCUACUGGGCCAACCUCUGGAAGACCUGCGUGACCGACUCCACCGGCGUCUCCAACUGCAAGGACUUCCCAUCCAUGCUGGCGCUAGACGGUUACAUCCAAGCCUGCAGAGGACUGAUGAUCUCCGCCGUCUGCCUGGGCUUCUUCGGUGCCAUUUUUGGACUGGUUGGGAUGAAGUGCACAAAAGUCGGAGGCUCCGAUCAGACUAAAGCAAAAAUAGCUUGUUUAGCUGGACUGAUUUUCAUACUCUCUGGGUUGUGCUCUAUGACUAGUUGUUCCCUGUAUGCAAACAGGAUUACGUCUGAGUUCUUUGAUCCUUCUUUUGUUGCACAAAAGUAUGAACUAGGAGCAGCUUUGUUCAUCGGAUGGGCUGGAGCUUCACUGUGCAUCAUUGGUGGCAGUAUAUUCUGCUUCUCCAUAGCGGAAAACAGUAAUUCUCCAAGGAGGGGGUAUGCAUAUAAUGGAGCCACAUCUGUGAUGUCUUCUCGUACAAAGGUCCACAACAGCAUCCCAGAGAAAACCCCACCAAAGCACUUUGACAAGAACGCUUACGUUUAAUUGUAGCGUUGGAAGAUUCAAAGCAUUUUAAAAAAGUUUGUACGUUUCAUUCAGAGUGAUUUCCACCCCCCCCAACCCCAAUGUAAUUACCACUAAGACAAUGACUUUUUAAAACAUUAACUUGCAGCUUUUUACAUAUUGAUGUAAAUUUUAUUAUAUAAUAUUUUAAGAUUGAUGUUGGUAUUGUAAAGUUUAUACCUGGAAAUCAUGAGCUGAUGUUGCUUUCUUGAAAAAAAUAAAUGGGGUAUUUACCAA